UUAAGUAUGAACAAUACUGAAAAUGAUAUAGAACCUGGUAAGGAUGAUAAUAAUGAUUCUACAUCCUCUGAUUCUUCUCAAAGAGAAAAACAACUAAGUUAUAUUCUUACUGGAGAUAGUGAUCGAGAAAAAUUUUUUGAAGAGGAUGUUGAAAUCCUUCAGUUUAAUGAAUUGUCAAAUCUUGAUAUAAACGAAAUUGAUUCUGCAGAAGAUGAUGACGAAGAAAUGGAUGAACCUACAAUAAAAAUUUUAUGUAACAUUUCUGAUAUUUCAUCUACAUUACUAUUACAAAAAGGAAACGAAAAUAAAAAAGAUGAAAGAAUUAUUAAUGCAUUAAAACCACUUGAACUUGCAACAAGAUUCUUUUCAGGAAGUAAAUAUCCUACUCUUUUAAUAAUAUAUCUGACAAUCCGAGAAUUGCAAAAUCGAUUCAAAGAUUUUAAUAGCGUUGAAAUUGAUAACGAAGAUUAUUGUGAUGACAAAUUAGACAUAUUAGAUUCUGAAAGUGAUGAUGAAUUUUACUCACCAGAUUCUGUAUUUUACAAACAUGAUACUUGUUCACAUACACCACCUGAUCUCGAUAAAAUCGAACAAGAAUUUAAAAAUGCAAUUUUUAAUUCUUUAAACAAAUAUUGGUAUGAUUUUUGUGAAGUCAGUGACAAUGAACUGAAACAAGAAAUACCAUUAUCAGCAGAUACUGAAAUAAUGCAAAAUCUAUUUUUUGAAG